GAGUAAGAUGGCUGCAGCGCGUGUGCUGAGUACUUGCAGCCGGACUGCCGGGCGUCUGAUUUGUGUCCGCUACUUUCAAACAUGUGGUAAUAUUCAUGUUUUGAAACCAAACUAUGUGUCUUUCUUUGGUUAUCCUUCAUUCAAGUAUAGUCAUCCACAUCAGCUGCUGAAAACAACUGCUGCUCUACAGGGACAGAUUGUUCAGUUCAAACUCUCAGACAUUGGUGAAGGGAUUAGAGAAGUAACUGUUAAAGAAUGGUAUGUAAAAGAAGGAGAUACAGUGUCUCAGUUUGAUAGCAUCUGUGAAGUUCAAAGUGAUAAAGCUUCUGUUACUAUCACUAGUCGUUACGAUGGAGUCAUUAAAAAACUAUAUUAUAAUCUAGAUGAUACUGCCUACGUGGGAAAGCCAUUAGUAGACAUAGAAACGGAAGCUUUAAAAGAUUCAGAAGAAGAUGUUGUUGAAACUCCUGCUGUGUCCCAUGAUGAACACACACACCAAGAGAUAAAGGGCCAAAAAACACUGGCAACUCCUGCAGUUCGUCGCCUUGCAAUGGAAAACAAUAUUAAGCUGAGUGAAGUUGUUGGCUCUGGAAAAGAUGGCAGAAUACUUAAAGAAGAUAUUCUCAGCUAUCUGGAAAAACAAACAGGAGCUAUACUACCUCCUUCACCCAAAGCUGAAAUUAUGCCACCUCCACCAAAACCAAAAGAGAGAACUAUUCCUAUACCAAUAUCAAAACCUCCAGUAUUCACAGGCAAAGACAGAACAGAGCCCAUAAAAGGCUUUCACAAAGCAAUGGUCAAGACCAUGUCUGCAGCCCUGAAGAUACCUCAUUUUGGGUAUUGUGAUGAUGUCGACCUUACUGAACUGGUUAAGCUACGAGAAGAAUUAAAACCCAUUGCUUUUGCUCGUGGAAUUAAACUCUCCUUCAUGCCCUUCUUCUUAAAGGCUGCUUCCUUGGGAUUACUACAGUUUCCUAUCCUUAAUGCUUCUGUGGAUGAAAACUGCCAGAACGUAACAUAUAAGGCUUCUCAUAACAUUGGGAUAGCAAUGGAUACAGAGCAGGGCUUGAUUGUACCUAAUGUGAAAAAUAUUCAGAUCCGCUCCAUAUUUGAGAUCGCCACUGAAUUGAACCGCCUCCAGAAAUUGGGCUCUGCAGGUCAACUCAGCACCACUGACCUUACAGGAGGAACAUUUACUCUUUCCAACAUUGGAUCAAUUGGUGGUACCUACGCCAGACCAGUGAUAUUGCCACCCGAAGUGGCAAUUGGGGCCCUGGGAACAAUUAAGGCCCUUCCCCGAUUUAACGAGAAAGGGGAAGUAUAUAAGGCUCAGAUAAUGAAUGUGAGCUGGUCAGCUGAUCACAGAAUUAUUGAUGGUGCUACAAUGUCACACUUCUCCAAUUUGUGGAAAUCCUACUUAGAAAACCCAGCUUUUAUGCUACUAGAUCUGAAAUGAAGAUUGAUAAGACAUCCUUGAACUUUCUGAGCUUCAAAAGAAAAUGCAGAGCCCAGCUGUGCAGCACACGUUCCUCAUUGCAGUUUGUAUUGUAAAUGAUUUGUAAUGUAUGAUUACAGUUCUGAGACACAAUAUGUAUCACUAUUCCGUUAGAGUUUUUACUGGAAAGGAAUAAUGGUAUAAUAGUUCUCCUGGCUGUCACAUUUUAUAAGUCAUAGUACGCCUUCUUAAUAUAGUGCUGAGGUCUUUGUGUCAAUGGAUUGAAACUGGCAGGAACAACAAAAUGA